AAAGACAGCAAAAAUGAAGCAAAUGAGGCUUUGGGGAUUUUUCCUAAAGAAGUCAGUGGGAUAAAUUGAAAGAGAAAGACACUUGGCACUGUGGUAUUCCCCUUUCUGAUCAAACUUUCGUUUUGGUUGAGCUCAUAAAUUCCGUGCUGUAGUUGUUCUGGGUGUAUUCUGAAUCCUAGCACAAAGUAGAAAGACAAGUGUGUUUGUCUCCUCUUUCUCUUUCGGUUCUUCUUUGAAUAUAGUCCAGGAGGAUUUGAGCCAUGAACAUUCCAAAGUGUCCUGGUUGUCAGCAGUUUAAUAUCAGAAAGCUGGACGGUCAACGUGCAGUCUGCAAGUCUUGUUCUAAAGUGAAUCGGCGUGUGUUUCAGUUCUGCUGGGCAUGUCAGAGAGAGUGGCCACAGCACGCUUUGACCACCGACUCCUGCGUGCUGCCAAACUGCGCGCUCCGCGCCGCACUCCUCAGCGUCAAACAGAUCAGUGACCCAGUCAGUUCUGUGAGAGGAUGCCCAUACUUCAGGGCUUGUCCAGGAUGCAAGGCCCUGCUCACACACAACAGUGUGGGAUGCCCUAACAUAAUUUGUCCUCACUGCCAUACAGAGUUCUGCUUCCGCUGCAUGCGCCCGCAAUGCUACGACAAUGAUGAGUACGAUGAGAGUGACACUGAUGAAGACGAGGAGGAGGAUAUUGAGAUAGAGCAAUGCGUGAUAGCGGAUAACAAUGAGAUCCUUCUAAAUCUGGAACUGUAGAGGAUGUCUGGAAACAUUAUUUAAAUGUUCACAAUAAACAAAGAAGUCAGUUCCCCUUUAAAUUCACACAGUUGCCCUAACAUAGUAGUAGAUGUAGUACACAUUAUAUGGAUGGACAAGUUCCCAGUUUUACAACUAGAAAGUGCCAAAAAAUUUGUGCAUUUAUCAUUUUGAGUGAUAUAUGUGUACUAUAUAUCAUUUGGAAACAUAACCAACUUGGCAAUACAUUUCCAACAUAAUCAGUGAAGCCAAAGCAUUUUAGGAUAUUUGUUAAAGAAUAACAACUGAAAAGAAAGCAUACUUGAAUUGGUUUCUGUUUUUAGUUUUGUUUUUCUCCUCCUGACAUCAGUAGAUAGAAAGCAAUGUGCUUUCAACUAUAUGCUCUAUACUUCACAAUGCUUCACCCAUUCCACUGUGAAUUCAGAACAGCCUAUGUCUGGUGUCAGUGCAUUUCAAUGGCAUGUGGAAUAGUAACACCGAUCACAGUAACUCAACAGAGUUAACACAAACAUUUUAAAAACAAAAUAUCUGAAAGACUGAGUCUAACAUCAUAUUGGACAAAUAGUAGGACAACAUGAAGGCACAAUAGGUUUUCAUAGAGUUUAUUGGGUUGGUGGGUCAUGUGGGUGACCCUCUGUGAUUUAUAAACUCAUCUUGACAGAUUGCAAGUCAAAUGCUGCCUCUGCACUGUCUUAGACCUUUCCUUUCAUUUAUCAGAUUAUGAUUAAUUAAUCUAAAUGGAACCCUGUUUAUUAUUGUUUACAUAAACAUGGAAAUCAUUGGUUUAUUCCUCAUGCUAUCAUGGAAGUUGUAAAUCCACCUACAGCAUGUCUAAAGUUGAAGGGGUGAUUUGGUUGGAUUUUCACAUAUCAGGUUAAAGAAAUAAACUUUCAACAACAACAUCAACAAAAAGGCAAACAAUGAUAUUAUGAGAUAAAGAGAAAUGAGAGAUGAACAAAAUAUGAUAUACAUUUAUUCUUGUGCAUUUAAAAGUGAGAACAUUAAAUUAUUACUUAUUAGAUACUAUAAUCAAUAUGCUUUCAUCUCAAAUUACAAGAACUGCUGCACAUGUCUUUUGAGAUGAUAUUUCAUAUUGUAAUUUCUUUUGCAUUGACUGACCAGUAAAUUGCAGUUUAUAGCAGGGGUGUCAAACUCUUUUUGCGUCCUGGCAUUCAUGUGGAUGUCACUUUGGCACACACCACCUACCUAAAGAUUGCUGCAGACCACAUACACCCCUUCAUGGCAAUUGUAUUCCCUGAUGGCAGUGGCUCUUUCAGCAGAAUAAU